AUGUCUGCCCCGCCGGUCCCGCCCCGCCCCUUUGACUACGACCAUCCGCCGCCGCCCACCGCCCCGCCCGUCCCUCCGCUGCCAGCUGACUUCAAACCGGGCGAGGCCUCGCCGCCGCACUACGAAGACCCGCUCGUCGCGCCCCGGCCGCAGAAGCUGCAGCCAGACCUCCCAAACAACAUCUCCCAAGCCCUCCACGAGCAGGCGGCCAUGCCCGCAGUCCACGCGCCAAACCAGUCCUCUUAUAACCCGUUCCCCCGCCCGGUCUUCAACGUGUCCUACUCCCCCGACCAGAACCCACCCGCCUACCCGCCCGCCCACCGUCCGCCCAUGUCCCGCGGCCCCAGCCCCUCCCUCCUCCCCAGGGCUCCGACUGUCCACCGCCUCGCCCUCCUUCCCCCUCCUUUCGCGUCCCCCGCCCUUCAAGGCCCCCAUCACCAGCACUCCCUCUCCGGUUCCUUCGCGAACAUGACUCUCGCUCCCCGCCAAUCCUCCCCUCUCUCCAUCCCCGCUGCCACCCGUGAUGGUCCCCCGUCUCUCACCGCCCCUCUCCCGACCGUCGCCAUCCUCUCCGUCCAGCAGUCUGCCAUCCAGCAGCCUGGCGGCGAUCCCGCCCGCAAGGUGAUCUGGUGCCGCGACGUCUUCUCUCUCGUCGAUCGCGCCCAGCAGCUCCGCAACCAGAACGCAAACCCCACCUCGACCGACGGGCCUGCCGUCGGGCCCGCCCAGAUCGACGACCCCGAGGUUCAGAAGCUCGUCAACGUUGCCGUUCCCGUCAUCCUCCAGAUCUCCCAGUCCCCGUCCCAAGGCCCGAUGCCCCCGUACUUGGCCGAGGCCUUGUACAUGCGCGCCCUCUGCGCUUCCACCGGCCUCUAUCCUCAAUUCAUCCCUCACGACCCUCGCAACGCCUUCCGCGACUUCGAACGUGCUGCCAAGGCUGGCCACCACGCCGCUUGGUUCAAGCUCGGACGUGAAUACGAGAACUUCGGCGAUCUUCAACAUGCAAAGGACUGUUUCGAGCGCGGGAUGAAGCACGGUGUCGAAAGUUGCUUUUACCGGCUGGGAAUGGCCCAUCUCAUGGGCCAGCUUGGCUUUCACCCAGACCCGCAGACCGCGAUUCCGCUCCUCAAUCGCGCUGCGACAUUGGCCACCAUCGAUGUUCCCCAACCCGCGUACGUCUACGGUCUACUGCUCCUUGACGAAUUCUCCCACGUCUCCAUCCCUCCGCACUUAUUCCAACCCUUCCUCCCUCCUGGCGUCACUCCUCCGGACGACGCACGGCGCCAUCUCGAGCGCGCCGCCUACCUCAACUUCGCUCCUGCUCAGUACAAGCUCGGCCAUGCGUACGAGUUCGCUAGCGCGCCCUUCCCCUUCGAUGCUCUUUUGAGCGUGCAGUACUACUCGCUCGCCAGCCAACAAGGAGAGAUCGAGGCCGACAUGGCGCUCAGCAAGUGGUUCCUGUGUGGCGCGGAGGGCUCGUUCGACAAGGACGAAGGGCUGGCGUGGACAUUUGCCGAGAAGGCCGCUCGCAAAGGCCUGCCCAGCGCUGAAUUCGCGCUCGGUUACUACUCCGAAGUCGGCGUCGGAGGACCGGUGGACAUCGAAAACGCGCGCAAGUGGUACAUCAGAGCGGCCGAGCACGGCAAUGCAGACGCUUCGGACAGACUGAAGGCUCUGUCUCAGCCGACCCCGCAGGCGCUUUCCCGGGAGCAGCACGAAAACUUGACCGACUCCAAGCUGGUUCGCAAGAGAACGCAGGCGAAGCAACGCUCCGACGCCGUCGGUGGUCCCGCUGUUGGACCGGUGGCAGCCAUGCCUGCCGCUCAGCGCUCGCAGAUCGUGAGCAACAUCCGCAAGGGCUCGAUAGGUCCCGGUGCGAUGCUCGAGGCUGCUGCAGGAGCGGGCGCCUCCGCUUACGGGGCUUCGGGACCGUCGGCAUACAGGAGCACGCCGACGACGAACUCGCCACCAAACAUGGGUCAAAACGCGCCCCUGCCGCAAUUGAACGAACGGAGACAGCCAACGGGGCCGCACGGAGCGAUGGCGUCACCUGGACCAGGGAUGAACCCCCGCCCGCAACAGAGUGGACCGCGACCAGGCGGGCCGCCUAUGCAAGACGGUCGUCGCCAUCCCUCCGGCAGCGUUGGUCCUGCGUCGUCCCCACGUCCGGCGGGGACGCCUCCCUUGCGCCGCCCGGGCGGAGGGCCAGGACCACAAUCACAGCCCCCGCCUCAGCAGGCCGCUCCCGCGCCUCUGUCACGGCCGCCGCCAAAGGGUCCGCAAACGUUCGCGGAGAUGGGUAUCGCGACGCAGAAAGUGGAGGACGACUCGAACUGCGUGAUCAUGUAG